AUGAAGAUUAUUUCUUGGAACGUUCGGGAGUUGGGGUUCAAACAAAAAAGGAGACUUAUUAAGUCUACUUGCAGCAGAAGCAACCCCCAGAUUCUCUGUCUUCAGGAAUCCAAGAUCAAGGUGAUGGAUAGUCGGCUCAUGAGAUCCAUUUGGAAAGCUUCUGAUGCUAGCUGGGUGAUUAAGGAAGCUUCAAGAAGUUCAGGCGGCAUUAUCAUUGCUUGGAGAACCAUACAUUGGUCCCUUUUGAACAGUUCGGUGGGUUCUUUCUUUAUUUCUGCUACUCUAAGGAAUAGUAUAACGGGAUCUGGUUACCUCAUUUGUUUUGUCUAUGGGCCCAACGACAUCAAUUUGAGGAGCGAUUUCUGGAGUGAACUAUCCUCAGUCUGCCAGAGCUUCAAUGGUCCUAUUUGCUUCGCUGGGGAUUUCAACACCAUCAGGUUUUCGGCAGAGAAAUCUUCGGGGAAUUCCUUUACUUCCCAGGUGGCUGCUUUAUCCGAUUGGAUCGAUAGCAACUCUCUGAUCGACCUUCCCCUUCUAGGCUCCCGUUUCACCUGGACGAAUGGCUGGACAACUUCUGAUCACUGGCCUUUGAUCUUAUCGGCUGAGGAGGCAGACUGGGGUCCGAAGCCGUUUCGUUUUAACAUUGCUUGGCUUCAUAUCACAGGUUUUAAAUCUAUGAUAGCUGAUUGGUGGCAAGCAGCGUGUUAUCAGGGUUAUGCGGGUCAUCGUCUUUGCUGCAAAUUAAAAUUUCUGGAACAAAAACUCAAACAAUGGUCUAAAGAGGAAAAGUCCCGAUCGGAGCAAGAGCUUGACUCCAUUCUAAGCGAAAUUCAAAAGAUCGACUCUCAAACUGAAGGCAACCCAAUAUCCUCCCACAUUCUAGCGAACAAUAUUCGGCUAGUUCAAGCUCUCUCAGCUAAAAUUUAUCAGGAGGAAAUCUCGUGGAAACAGAAAGCCCGUUCGAAAUGGAUCAAGGAAGGUGAUAGGAACACGAGUUACUUCCACAAAAUUGCCUCAGUUCAUGCUUAG